UGGGCCACCCGCGAUGCUGCUGCACGUCUUGCUGUGCGUCGCCACCUCCCUACCUCUGAGCGCGCGCAUUUUAGUCAGUACAAGAGUGCUCAGACCUUGUACGACGCUGUAGUUGCGCGCUACUCCUCCCCUGCCACUGCUGCACUGAGCCGUCUCAUGCUUUCCUACCUCUUUCCUGACCUCUCUGCCUUUCCCACUGUCGCUGACCUCAUUACGCACCUCCGCACUAGUGACACUCGCUACCGCGCCGCCCUUCCUGCUGAGGACCACUUUCUCGCAGUUUGUCCCACCACCCUCACCGUCGACGUCCUCGAGAAGGCCCUCCUCGCAGCGGAGAAGAGCAUAGUCGCUGUAGGAGCUUCUCGUGGAGACCCUCGCACCCCCAUCUUUGAGGGGUGCUCUCCUUCCCCCUUGCUGGCCCUCUGUUGCCUCUACUGCUGCUGCCGACCUGCUUGGUCUGUGGGUCGGUCGGCGCGGAGUCUGCCCCUAGUGGGAGACGUCGCUUUGGCAAGGGCAAGGGGGCAAGGCGCGGGUGGAGCUGGAGGGGGCGGUGGCGGUGGCGGCGGAGGCGGCGGAGGGGGUCGGGGUGGCGGCGGGAGUAGUGGCGGGGGUGGUGGUGGUGGUGGCAGCAGCGGCGGAGGCGGCGGUGGUGGUGCAGCGGUGGUGGUGGUGGCAGCGGCGGAGGUGGAGGCGGCGGAGGAGCAUCGGUGGAGGCGGUGGUGGUGGAGGGGGUGGAGCUGGUCGGGGUGGUACCCAGCAGCGGAGCGGCGGUGGGUGGUGGCCAGCGCUCGCAGCAGCAGCAGCGUUCGCGGGACAUCCCUCCGCCUCAGCAGCUUCGUGAGUGGUUGA